UCAAUUGCCAGUCAUCCCGUCAGACUUGGGCCCAGAAAUAAAAUCCUACUGCGGGCAGGGUGUUUGCGCAAAGGACCCCAAGUGGUGCGGGGUAAUGCACAACCCUAUCCGCGUCUACCUCGUGUGGUACAGAAGCUUCUCCGACGCCCAAAAGAACCUUCUCCGAACUUUCAUCCGCUCCUUCAGCAGCACUGAAGGCACAGGAGCACCACUCGCUGACUGGUGGCGAACCAACACUUUGUAUUACGACUGCUAUGGCCGCUACGUCUCCUCCUCUGUGAUUUUGGCAAAGGAGCACCGCGUGAGGCGCCCCCUCAAGCUGCUGUUUGGGCUCAAGUCGAUUCGCCGGGUGGUGAAGACGCGGGUGAAGGCUGGCUCGUUUCCCCUUGACGAGGAUGGAGUGUACUUUGUGAUUGGCGAUGGGAGCGUUGCUCAGCGGGACAAUGAAGGAGCCAUGUGCAGCGAUUACUGCGGGUGGCACGACUUUGUGCGGAUUCGAAAGAAGCUUAUCAAAGUGGCUUAUGUGGGUAGCCCUGUCAAGUGCCCCAGCAGCUGUUGGCUCGCUGCCUUUGCCUUCAACGACAGCCCCAACAGCGAUAAGUCGUUUGACUCGCUGCUCUCCACCUUCGCGCACGAGCUGGCAGAGGCGACGAGUGACCCGUAUGUGACCAAUUGGUACGACGCAAUGGGGCAGGAGAACGCCGACAUUUGCGCCUGGAAUGGGGUGGGGGAAGUGGGGUGGGGGAAGUGGGGUGGGGGAAGUGGGGUGGGGGGAAGUGGGGUGGGGGAGGUGGGGUGGGGGAAGUGGGGUGGGGGAAUUGGGGUGGGGGAAGUGGGGUGGGGGGAAGUGGGGUGGGGGAGGUGGGGUGGGGGAAGUGGGGUGGGGGAAGUGGGGUGGGGGAAGUGGGGUGGGGGAAGUGGGGUGGGGGAAGUGGGGUGGGGGGAAGUGGGGUGGGGGAAGUGGGGUGGGGGAAGUGGGGUGGGGGGAGUGGGGUGGGAAGACGCGGUUCGAUUUGACUCGCUGCUCUUCACCUUCGCGCACGAGCUGGCAGAGGCGACGUGUGAUUCGUAUGUGCUGAAUUGGUACGACGCUGCUGGGCUGGGCAGGAGAACGCCGACCUAUGCGCCUGGAACCAGGACUGGCAGCCUCUCGUACACAUCAGAUGCUGCAGCGUCUAACGUGGAAGGCCUCAAGGGUGGUGGUGUGAAGGCUGUGAUGGUCCUGGUUGGACCAACCCUGGUCCAUGCGUCAAAUUCUCCAUCCUCUCGUUUCCUUUCAUUUCCUUUGAUUCGCAUUCUUCACUCAAAACCUGGCAGGACCGGCACCCUGUCCUACACAUCAGAUGCUGCAGCGUAUAACCUGGAGGGGGUGGCUGGGACCAAGUUCCUCAUCCAGCAGAACUAUGACCCGGUUCAACGAACCUGCGUUACCACCACUGCUGGUUGA